AUGAACUCGUCAAUUGUAUUCCUAAUGGUUCUCGUCGCGUUCGUCACAGCGGAAACGUGUAAACUUGGCGAAAAACGACGAAUCAAAUCGGGAAGUUAUUAUGAGGAAUGUGUGCCGAAAUUCGAUACUGCUGGUUGCUACGCGUCGUGGGAGAAGAUCGAAAGCAAGCGCUUCAUUGGAAAUGGCGAAGAGAUUGAUAGAAUGUAUCGCUCAAAUUCGGUUGGUUUCCGCUACAAGUGCGAAAUGAACAACGGAUUCAUUUCGUUCUCGCCUAUCGGCUGCGUGAUCAAUAAGAAAAAAGGAAUGGAAUUUUUGAAACUAAACGCCAGCGGCAAAUUGGACAACGGGCAAUCAGUGAAAUGCAAACAAAAUCACGCGGGAGAAUUCAGUUUCGAAUUUGGAGAAAACUAA